AUGAAAAAAAUAUAAUAAAUAGAGAAUAUUAAGCCUGUUAAUACAGAAUUUAGAUUAAGUGAUAUGAAUUUAUCUUUUAAGUGGUAACAAAUUAUCGAAAUAUGAAAGGAGGAAAACCAAACGAUAAAUAUCAAUUGCAUCUUGUGUUUUUACAUUUCCAUUAGGAUGUUGUACUUGCCAAAAAAUUGACAAAUGUGUUACUAAAAUUUUAAAACCAAAAUGAAUUUGAUAAAGUUAAAUGGACUCUAUUGCAUAUAGCUGUGAAAUUUAAUUAUAAUAAAGCUGUGAUUUAUGCUUAAUAAAUUGGAAAAUUCAAUUUUCAUCUUUUAGCAGGAAAAUAAGGACUAUCAUUAAUGCAUUUGGCUGUUUGAGAAGUAAUUAUGAAGUAAUAGAGAUUUUGAUUGUAAUUACAUUAUUUACACUUAACUAUUAUUAUUAUUAUUAUUAUUUAUUCUCUAACAAUAGGAAGAAAAAGUAUCAUUAUUCACAGAAAAUGCAGAUGGUGUUUUACCAAAGAUAUUUGCUCUUUAAUCACCAGUUAAUUUUAAAAUGAUUAAGAAAUAUGAAAAUCAACAAAUAAUGAGAUUUUUAAUAGAUCUUGAAGAUAUUGAGGAUGAUGAACUACAUAAGCAAACAAAAUUUAAAAUCUGA